UAAAGAUUAAAUUUUUUUUUUUAUUCAUUUCAGCUCCUACGAUACACAAAAAAUUACUUGCCUCACAUAGCACGCCUAUGCUUAGUGAGUACAUUCCUUGAGGAUGGUCUCCGGAUGUGGUGGCAAUGGCAUGAACAGCGGGAGUACAUGGACAUCUCAUGGGGCUGUGGGUAUUUCCUGGCAACACUGUUUGUGUUUGUUAACUUGAUAGGACAGCUUGGAGGAGUGUUCAUGGUACUCUUCCGAAAGAAAGUAGAGGUUGCUUGUGGACUACUGCUCUUCAUUGUGGUUCUCCAGACCAUAGCCUAUCAGAUUCUGUGGGAUUUGCAGUUCCUCUUUCGAAAUUUGGCUCUAGUGGGCGGCUUAGCUCUUGUUUUGGCAGAGAGUAAGAAAGAAGCUCGUACAAUCUUUGCUGGUGUUCCUUCCUUGGGGGAGAACAAGCCAAAGACGUACCUCAUGUUGGGUGGACGGAUUCUUCUUGUGUUCAUGUUCCUGACUUUAGUCAGAUUAGAGUUCUCAGUCAUGCAGAUGUUCCAAAUCGUAAUUGGAGGGCUUUUGAUGGGCCUCGUAGCUGUGGGAUACAAGACAAAGUUGAGUGCAUUUAUGCUGGUCCUCUGGCUAAAUGUCUUCAAUGUUUAUGUCAAUGCCUGGUGGUCUGUUCCAGCUUAUAAGCCUAUGAGAGAUUUCCUUAAAUAUGAUUUCUUCCAGACGUUGUCUGUUAUUGGAGGUCUGUUGAUGCUUAUUUCUCUGGGUCCUGGAGGUGUCAGCAUGGAUGAACACAAGAAGAAAUGGUAACCGGCUCACCUAAACUCUCAUUUUAUUCUUUUACUACUGAAGCCACAAGUCCUCUUUUUGUUUUAGGUAAAUAAUCUACAAAAUUUAGCAGUACUGUUUUGCUGUUUCGUUAAAUGCUUAAAUAAUUAUCUAUGUAAAUACUGUCUGGCGUUUCUUAUAAUUACCCAUGUUGAUAUAUAUUUUAAAUUAGGUAUUUGUGCUUCAGUUUUAUCUGUUCCUUCAUGGGAUGGUCAGGGCUUAAUAUUUUAAUACUAUCUGUAUUCAUAUUUUGUUAACAGCAAUUAAAAUGCUGUUAAUUAUGUGCUGCCUUAUCUUCUCACUAAAUUGCAAAUAUAUUAAUUUAUUCCUCUGUUACUAGAGGGUUUUGAUUUCAUCUCUUCUUCAGGCAGUAUAUGUAUGAAAUUAAUGUAGACUUAGAGCAUUGUAAUGGAUGCCAUGCUCUUAAUAAACCAUACUCCAAAAUGAAAAUAACUUGGUAACCAAGAAUUUGUUGUAAACUUUUCAAUAUUUCUCAUGCUGAUCAAAAGAGGAAUGACUUCUCUUUUUAUAACAACUUUGCUCUUGUUGCUGCUUAAUUUUUUCUGGUUUGUAAUUAACUGGGGAAAAAAUGCUUCAUUAAGAUCCAUUAAUAAAACACUGCAAUUAGAUCAAGCAGCAUGGGAUGUAUUUUUGAGAGACGACUGCUGUUGUUUUUAAGACUUGUAUUGGGAAGCAAGCUUCAUGUAAUAUAUGUAAUGCCCAUUGGUUUUGGCUUUGCUUUGCCACAUUUAUGUUAAAUUAUUUGUCUCUAGUUUUUAGUAGGGGUUUAAAACAUUCCCCAUAAGCACAAUGGAUCUUUGAUCCUUUUCUUGCCCCAUAUUUUAUUGGUACCAUUAAUUUGUUUUGUGACUUUCAUUCUUAAUUAAACCUAGGACAAACUUUUAAAUAAACCCAGAGGGAUAGUUUUGUAGAAAAAGCCUGAAACUAGAAAAAAAAAAAAAAAAAACCCAAGUGGCACUUACUUAAGGUUCCACAAGUCCUCAAAAUCUUUCAAGCACUUUUGUAACCUUGAAAGAAUUUUAUAUUUAUCUCGAAAGAUUUUAAAAUGUUCAAUCUAUACUGUUACUGAAAAUGGUCUGUAACUUUUGUUAAGUGGCUCUAAAUAAAGAUUAUUCGUAUGCA